UUGUAUGGUAUACAUAUGGUGUCAAUUUAGGAAAGUCCGCAAUUUGAUGUCAAUCAGCAUGUUUCUUUCCCCAAAUCACCUAGAGUUACCACGCAUGGAAAGGUCGAACAAAUUAAGGACAACCCGUCGUCUAUAUAAGCUGCACCAAUCUCUCCCUCCCCCUCCGCCUCCCUUCUCUCUUCUCUUCCUUGUUCCCUUCUCUCUUCUCUUCCUUGUUCCCUCCCUCUUACGAAAACGUAAAUAUAAAUAUAAUAUGGUGAUGAGGAGGAAGCCGAGCAUGGGACGUCAGAAGAUCGAGAUGAAGAGGAUCGAGAGAGAGGAGGCCCGCCAGGUGUGCUUCUCGAAGCGCCGCGCCGGGCUCUUCAAGAAGGCCAACGAGCUCUCCAUCCUGUGCGGCGCCGAGAUCGGGAUCAUCGUCUUCUCCCCCGCCGGCAAGCCCUUCUCCUUUGGCCACCCCUCGGUCAGCUCCAUCAUCGACCGCUUCCUCUCCGACAGCCCCUCCCCUCCAACUCUGCCGUUUGCCGACCGCCGCAUCCCGGCGGCGCGGGAGAUGAUGGUCGUCCGCGAGCUCAACCGCCAGUACACAGAACUCGCGGCCUUGCUGGAGACCGAGAGGAGGAAGAAGGCGGCGCUCGAGGAGGCCGUGAGGGUGAAGCGGACGGGGGAGGCCACCUUGUGGGGCGCGAACAUCGAGGAGCUCGGCCUGGGGGAGCUCGAGAGGCUGCAUCAGUCCUUGGGGAGGCUGAGGAGGGACGUGGCGAGGCCCGCCGACCAGCUCGUCAUCGUGGCCGCGCAUGAUCGGAGCUCCAGCAUCACAGCGGCGAGUAGUUCUGCUCCUCCUCCUCCUUCUGGUGUCACCCUAGGCUUUGGUCGUGGAUUGGAGGGGAGCAUGGCGCUUCCUCCUCCUGCUACUGCCUUUGGUUAUGGCCGUGGGCUCUUUUAGAGGAGCACUCGAGAUUUGAGAAGCAACAAAACCAUAUCAAAUUGAUUGUAUGGUCAAUUUUGUGUUUUAGCUAGUGUAAAGACUCGCAAUACUUAAUAUUGAUUGUGUGGUCUUGUUGAUCCAUAUCAAAUUGUACCACAUUGUGGUAAAACACUCCUAGGUAAAGAAGCAACAAGACCAUGGUUUCUAACAAUUAAUAUUUUCAACUU